UGCGCUCUUCCGGGUGCGUUAACAAAACAUCGAGGAGUGAUGGCGUCUGCUGCGAUGGACGCGACGUAAAUAAAGAUCAGAUUUAAGGACACUGCUCGACUCGUGUCUCCGCCACUUUCUGGAUAAAGACAGAAUAUAAUAAUGGCGACAGCCGGGGGCGUUGGCAAUGGAGCUAGCGGUUUAGCUUCCAACCACAGUGACCCAGGCUCCUGCGGCUCCAGCGCGGCUCAGGCUCCUGCUGCUGCUCCCGGGCCGCCCGCCUCUCCCCCGGCUCACGGCCUUCACCGGGAGCCCAUGUACAACUGGCAGGCCACGAAGAGCUCUCUGAAGGAGCGCUUUGCUUUCCUCUUCAACAACGAGCUGCUCAGUGAUGUGCGCUUCAUAGUGGGCAAAGGCAGGCAGGCCCAGAGGAUACCCGCGCAUAAGUUCGUGCUGGCCGCGGGCAGUGCCGUGUUUGAUGCCAUGUUCAACGGAGGCAUGGCCACAACUUCAGCCGAGAUAGAGCUGCCCGAUGUGGAGCCCGCCGCCUUCUUAGCCCUGCUCAGGUUUCUGUAUUCUGACGAGGUCCAUAUUGGUCCGGAGACUGUUAUGACAACGCUGUACACGGCAAAGAAGUACGCCGUCCCUGCACUGGAAAGUCACUGUGUGGAGUUUCUCACCAAACAUCUCAGAGCCGAUAAUGCUUUCAUGCUUCUUACUCAGGCCAGAUUAUUUGAUGAGCCUCAGUUGGCGAGCCUCUGCUUGGACACUAUAGACAAAAGCACUGGAGAUGCAAUAAACGCAGAAGGCUUCACAGAUAUUGACCUAGACACUUUAUGUGCUGUGUUGGAGAGGGACACUCUGAGCAUCAGGGAGAACCGUCUCUUUGGGGCAGUGGUGCGCUGGGCUGAGGCCGAGUGCUACAGACAACAGCUUCCCCUCACCUCCGAAAACAAACAGAAGGUUUUAGGAAAAGCUCUGCCGCUCAUUCGCUUCCCGCUCAUGACCGUGGAGGAGUUCGCUGCAGGGCCUGCCCAGUCUGGGAUAUUGUUCGAUCGGGAGGUGGUAAAUCUGUUUUUACACUUUACAGUAAACCCCAAACCGAGAGUCGAGUACAUAGACCGGCCACGCUGCUGCCUCCGUGGAGAGGAGAGUAGCAUUAACAGGUUCCAGCAGGUGGAGAGCCGAUGGGGGUACAGCGGCACCAGCGACAGAAUCAGGUUUAAUGUGAAUAGAAGAAUAUCCAUAGUUGGUUUCGGCUUAUAUGGUUCAAUACACGGGCCAACGGAUUACCAGGUCAACAUACAGAUCAUGGAGAGCGAUAAACGUGUGACUCUGGGUCAGAACGACACUGGGUUCAGCUGUGACGGAACGGCUACCACCUUCAGGGUCAUGUUUAAAGAGCCUGUGGAGAUCCUGCCCAACAUCAGCUACACGGCAUGUGCCACUCUCAAGGGUCCAGACUCUCAUUACGGCACCAAAGGUUUGAAAAAAGUGACUCAGGAGUCGGUGAACGGGACCAAGACGACGUUCCUCUUCUUCAGUUCCCCUGGCAACAACAACGGCACUUCAGUGGAGGACGGACAGAUCCCAGAAAUCAUUUACUACUCUUAAAAUCCAAUGCAAACUGGACAUUGACUGAACCAGGAAGACCUCACAAAGAGAGAGAGAGAAUGGAGAAACUGGACUGCUGGAAAUUUAGUGCCUCACUAUCGAAAAUGAUAAUAAUACUCCCAUGGACUUUAGAUUGUAUGUGCUGUGUCCUUGUACAGACAAAUAUAGAUAGAUAUGUUAAAGCUUGCAGACUUGAUUAUAUGUACAACACACAGGAUCCUCAUUCUGUCUUUACAGUUAAGCCCAAAAUUAUUCAUACUUUUCUUAUUUUCAGGUUUCAAAUUGUACAAAAUUGUGUUCUCUUUGCUUUCACCAAACAAUUGCAGGCGUGUGCUGAGGACUUAUGAUUCUGUAUUGCCCCCUAGUGGAUAAAUGUGAGAAGGAAUGGUUGGUUAGCAGUGUCUAAAUUGACGCCUAAAGGAAUUAGUGGAAGGCAAACAAACAAAUGAAUCUUUGUUUUCAAAAACUAGGGAUGCACUGAUCCGGCUUUGUCAGUUUUGAGACUGAUUCUGAUACUUUGACUCUAAGUAAAUGAAGAUACCUGACAACUGAUGACUGAAAACAGUAUUUAUUUUCUUUAAACAAAAUUAACAUAAGACAAAAGUGAUCCAAAUGUGUUAUUUAUCUGUUAUUUAUUAUGCUAUCACUCAAGUAAUUACAGAUAAACUUUGUAUAAAUAAAACUUCAAACAUUAUGAGUCUUUCUGGGCUGACUAUGACCAGUAAAUUGACUAAUUACAUCAAUGUAUCUGUCCAACCAGGACAUAGAUUGAACCAAUAUUACAAAGAUAUCUGAUCCAGCAAUUUUGUCAGUAUCAGUGCUGAUAUUUAGUACCAGUAUUGGAUCAGUGUAUCUCUACCAAAAAGUACUAUUCAAAUCUUUUCCAUGAGUACUUGUAAAUUUUGAAAUGUAAAUCAUGCCACAUCGUGUUAUUGAGUCAAUUUUAGGAUUUUUUAAAAUUGUAUUUAUUUUAUCAUCACCCAACCCUUUAGUUUUUGUGCUGAUCAAAGAUAUAAAUAAAUUUGGGCUGAACUGUAUAUUCACUGUAUGUCAACCGAUGCCAUACCAGUAAUUAUUUGUCGUUUUGUUGAUAAAUUUCACUGUGCACUGA